AUGACCGACCAACCCACAACCGGUGGCUGCCUCUGUGGCGCAAUCCGCUACAGCAUUGCCGCCUCCGCCACGCCCAUCUACAGCGUCAUCUGCCACUGUGUAAACUGCAAGAAAGCCACCGGAACGCACAUGGUCACCACGAGUAUUUUUCUAGAGCCUCAAUUCACACUCACAAGCGGCACACCCAAGGCCUACCGCGACGCGGCCACCGACUCCGGGACACCCGUGUUCCGACACUUCUGCGGCGACUGCGGCAGUAAUCUAUACAUCACAUCGCCGCUGCUAGAAGAGAUCCGUGCCGUGUGCAGUGGCACGCUGGACGACGCGACGGUGAAGUGGAGGCCGAACAAAGAGCAAUAUAUCGAGACAAAGUCGCAUUGGCUGCCUGAUCUGGAGGUGGUCAAGAAGGAAGGAGUGGUGGAGAGGCACCCGAGAGGCCCAUUGGAGCAGCAGUGGAAUAAAUGA